CACUGGAUCCGCUACAGGGCCGGGGCCUGGCGUCCGCGCCUGCCGCACGCACGCGCACUGCACCCAGCAUGAGGGUCGCGGCCCUGAUCAGCGGAGGGAAGGACAGCUGUUACAACAUGAUGCAGUGCAUUGCUGCGGGGCAUCACAUUGUUGCUUUAGCAAAUCUAAGACCAGAUGAAAACCAAGUGGAGUCAGAUGAAUUGGAUAGCUACAUGUAUCAGACAGUGGGUCACCAUGCCAUUGACCUGUAUGCAGAAGCAAUGGCUCUUCCCCUGUACCGCAGAACCAUAAGAGGAAGGAGCUUGGAGACAGGAAAAAUGUAUACCACACGGGAAGGUGAUGAGGUUGAAGAUCUCUAUGAACUAUUGAAACUUGUUAAGGAAAAAGAAGAAAUAGAAGGGGUAUCUGUAGGUGCCAUACUUUCUGAUUAUCAACAUGUGCGAGUAGAAAAUGUAUGUAAACGGCUUGAUCUCCAGCCUUUGACUUACUUAUGGCAGAGAAACCAGGAAGAUUUGCUCCGAGAGAUGAUAGCAUCUAACAUUGAAGCCAUCAUCAUCAAAGUAGCAGCUUUGGGCUUAGAUCCUGAUAAGCAUCUUGGGAAAACCCUGAAUGAAAUGGAGCCUUAUCUUUUCGAGCUUUCUAAGAAGUAUGGUGUCCACGUAUGUGGGGAAGGUGGCGAGUAUGAAACAUUCACUUUGGAUUGCCCUCUAUUUAAGAAGAAAAUCAUUGUAGACUCCUCAGAAGUAGUCAUACACUCCGCUGAUGCAUUUGCACCUGUGGCUUAUCUGCGACUUUCAGAGCUGCACCUGGAAGAAAAGGUGUCUUCAGUACCUGGGAAUAACGAAACAACUAAUUAUAUACAUCAUUCUUGAAAAUUUAUGGUGCAUUUUAAAAAUUAUUUUGACCAACUUUUCUCAUUAUGGUUUUGUUCCUUUUCAAAAAAAUAUAAUGGGACAUUGAUUAACUGGAAAAAUUUCAGUUAACUCUUCUCUAAUAGUGCCAAUUUCCUCACUUUCUUUUUUAAAAGAUAAUUUCUUUUAUUUUUUGAGAUUAUAAUGUAAUUACAUCAUCUUCCCCCUCUCCCUUUCCUCCACACCCCUCUUUGCUCACUUUCAAAUUAAAGACUUUUUCCCCACUUCCUGUUGUUAUAUACAUAACCCUUUCUAUGUCUCUCUGUUUCUUUUCGUCUCUGCGUCUCUCCCACUUUGUCUCGCUCAUUCUACACACACAUACACAUGCACACUUUCUUAAGUACAUAAAUACAACUUGCUUAAUCUGUAGAAAGAUGCCUGUAUGUAUGUUUUCAGGCCUGGCCAUUUCUUAUUGGAUACCAAUUGGUGUGCUCUUUCCUGGGGAAGACAGUUUCUUCUGCUCUCAACAUUCCUUAAUUGCCUGAAGUCCUUUGUUGAAGCAGCAUGGCUGCUGGUGUCCUGCUUGUUGCGCUCAUGUUAAGGCAGCCACCUUAGUAAGGCGUCAUGGGUGCAGCUUCAGAUUCCUGGAAGAAGCAAACCCCAUGAUCCUCUGGUCCUUAGGUCUUUCUGCCUCCUCUUCACUUUCUUUUUUGAUAACAAGUCUCAGGACCUUUUUAUUACCCACCUCUCUCUCUCUGACAUUUCCUUUUCACACUUCUUUCCUCCCUUUCUUUCUUACCCCAUGUCUUGGAGAAAAGGAAUCAGAAAAUGAAGAAGACUACUCUAUCUAGACAAAUAAGCUUACUGUAAUCAAGGGGUCACCAAUGUGAUUUUCCAGAAUAUCAUGUAUUAAUAUCAGUUAUUAAUAUGCAUUUGGUUCCCUUGUGUCUUGUUAUGACUGUUUCUACUUUUGGUGACUGUGAAUAAAGCUGCUAUCAACAUUCAUGUACAAAUUUUCUAUAAAUGCAAAUUCAGUUCAUUUGUAUAACUAUUAAAGAGCAUAAUUACUUGA